UAAAGUGUAUACUUCGAUUUUCGAAGUAGCGGGUAGUCCAGUAUCGACUAGUGUCAAUUGAAUGAACCAGUGUUGUGUACGUUUUGCGACCAGUCUACUACAGUCUACUAUAAGCACUGCUGGUGUGUAGCUGCCAUUAUUAUAAAAAUGACUACUGUUGACUGGGAAGAAGUAAAAAGGCUAGCUGCCGAUUUCCAAAAGGCGCAGCUCAGUUCAACAUUACAAAAACUCUCGGAGCGCAACUGUGUGGAGAUCAUAACCAAACUUCUCGAAGCCAAGUUACUGGAUGUAAUAUUUACAAAUGAUGGCAAGGAGUACGUUACACCUCAUCAUUUAGGCAAGGAAAUCAAGGAUGAGCUCUUUGUGCAUGGUGGCCGUAUCAGUUUGGUGGAAUUGGCAAAGAUACUCAAUGUAGAUUUAUCACAGAUAUCAAAAGUUGCUGCAGAUAUAGAGAGGCACGAUAAGGGAGUCAGGCUUGUACUUGGGCAGCUGAUCGAUAAAAAUUACAUUAUUAAAAUUGCUGGAGAGAUCAAUGAUAAACUUAAUCAAUUGGGUUAUGUUAAUAUAUCUGAAUUGACACUCCAGUAUGAUUUACCAGCCGAUUUUUUACAAUCGACUAUCGAGAAGGAACUUGGAAAGACUGUGUUUGGUAGACAAGAUAUGCAAGAUCCUAGAAUAUUUUACACAGAGGGCUAUGUUGCUAGGAAUAAGGCAAAAGUUAGGGGUGCUCUUUCUGCGAUUACAAAACCUACUCCGCUGUCAGCUAUAUUGGGCCAAUGCGCAGUUCCUGAAAGAAUAUUUUUCUCUAUACUUGAUUAUUUACAAGAAGUCAAGCAGAUACCUGGUGUGGUUACUGGAAAACAGGGUGGCAACGGUAUUUAUGUACCGAGCAUAUACUCCAAAAGCCAGAAUGAGUGGGUUGACAAUUUCUACAAACAAAAUGGCUAUCUCGAGUACGAUGCCCUCUCGCGUCUCGGUAUUUCGGAUCCUCAAAGUUUCGUGAAACGCCACUUCGUUAAUGAGAGCCUAAUCCUUUUGGACUCUGUAGCAGUUGGUGCAACAGUCAUUGACCAAGUAGAAGCUAAUGUGGAAGAAGCAGUAGUGAGCUCAUCCUUCGCUGACAUUUAUCCUCUACUCCCAUCAGUGUUCACUCCUGAGGAUGCAGAGACCUUGCUGAGAAUAGCUGCGAAGAAGACAAAGGCAAAUAUCCAUAUAUUCGCAAGCACUGUAGCAGUCUCCGAUGCCUAUCUCCAAAAGCUGGGUAAAUCUUUUGAAGCUAUAGCUGAGAAGAAAGCCAAAGAAGUCGUCGAGAGUGGAAAGUGGCUCCAAUCUAUUGCCGAGAAUAAAAUAAAGUCCAGGAUCAAUGAUGUUCUAGAGAAUAAAGUGGAUAAACGAGAAGAGCGGCGAAAGAAGGCAACAGUAGGCAAAGCUGGAGGUGGCAGUCAAGGUAGAGAGACAAAAACGAAAUCCACUAAGAAGAAAAAUCAAAGAGGGAAGAACCAAGAACCGGAUUCCGAUGAGGAGUAUGCUGCUCAAAAUUCCACAAAGAAAGAACUCAUUCUAAUCUCUAUCGAAAACAUAGAGCAGCAGAUCAGCAAGGAUGAAAAUCUGACUGACGUAGAAGGCCUCGUAACAGAACUUGCUACCUACCUACAACCAAAACUUAACAAGCAUGCUCUCUCUGCAGCUGAACAAUUAAGUCAAAACAAUAAGGUUACUAAUCUUAAUGAAAUGGAGGAGCGACUCAAUAUGCUGGCAAUAAAUAUUCGUGUCUUUGACAAGGGCAUCAAGCAACUGGAUAAGAAUUCUCAGAUUGUUAUGACAAAAUACCUCCUAAAGACCCUUGGAACAGACUUAGCUAAUAAUGUAUUUAAAUUGGCAGCGCAACAAAAUGUUAUUCAAUGCCCUGAAAAUCUCACCACCGAGGUCAGGCAAAAGAUGUUGCUAGAAUUGCCAACAGAUGUAAAAGAUCCUCUAAUGACUUUGCAUAAAACUGUCACAUCCGGAUCUGUAGAAGAUGUUUUGGCAGUUGCUGAUGGUGCCUUUGCUGCUUGCUGUCUAGUAAUGCGAAAGUACGAUAAGAAGAAGGAACGUUCUACAGUAGUUGGACAUCGUGAGGCUUUAUUGGAACAAUUAAACUCUACUGAGGAUCCUGCAUUUGCAUUGCACCUAGCAACGAGUGUUCUAUUUACUGCAGCUACUCAAAGCGCUUUACACAUGUCGGGCAGACACGUAGCUUCCGUUUUGUCAUUUUUGCAGUCUUUUCUAGAAUCUGGGACUAUAACGACACUCUCUAAGUACCAUGAUCUUGUGCUGAAAUUACUGAGCUCACCAGAUGAUGCGACCAAGACAGAAGCGGUGAAGGAGCUGGAUGACAAAUUGCAAGAAAUAAAAAAUAUUGCAAACGAUUUCAAGAAACAUUUGAAAUCUGACAAACCUCAUGAAUAAUUAUACUGAGCUUUACUUUUUUCUUUCAUGGAAACAGAUAUAUUUAGGUAUUUAGUCGGUGACCGAUUCUGAAUGCAUUAAUAUUGUACAGAUAAUGUUUGACGAGGAUCUUGAAGGAUUCUUAUAGGAGAAUAUAUUUUUUAACUGUUA